AUGGUGAUGAAGUGCAUCGUGUACAAAUAUAAAAUGAAGGAGCCCAUUCUGAAGGGGGAGAUGCUAAAGAUUGUCCACAAAAGGUUCAGAGAGCCUUUGGGCACAUGGGAGCGGGUCUUGGGUCUGGAGUUGAAGGAACUUAAGCCAAGUGGUUGUUCCUACACUCUGACAACCACGCUGAAUCUUCCUAGGGAUAAGAACCUGAGUGAUCACGUUCCCAAAACUGGGCUUAUAAUGUCUCUCCUCAUCAUCAUCUUCUUGGCUGGCUACUCUGCUGCUGAGAAAGACAUCCGGGAAUUCCUGACAUGUCUAGGAUCACUUCUGUCUUCAGUGAAUCCAUUCAGCCACAACCAGACUUAUGUUGAUCCAAUCAGACCAGUUGCUGCACCUUCCAAAGUGCCCAGGUCUGCUUCCAGGUGCCAUCCUCCUGAUGUCGUGGUUUGGCCCCAGAAUGUGGACCAGGUCAGCCGGUUGGCAGCCCUGUGCUAUAGCCAAGGCGUAGCCAUCAUCCCAUUUGGCACCGGCACUGGCUUGGAAGGGGGAGUCUGCGCACUGCAGGGCGGUGUGUGCAUUAACCUGACCCACAUGGACCGGAUCAGGGAGCUGAAUUCAGAAGACUUCUCUGUGGUGGUGGAGCCCGGUGUCACCCGUAAAGCUCUGAACACCCACCUGCGUGACUGCGGCCUCUGGUUUCCCGUGGAUCCAGGUGCAGAUGCUUCUCUCUGUGGCAUGGCAGCCACUGGGGCCUCAGGCACCAACGCAGUGCGCUACGGCACCAUGCGUGACAACGUGAUCAACCUGGAGGUGGUGCUGCCUGAUGGGAGGCUGCUUCACACUGCAGGCCAGGGACGUCAUUUCAGGAAGACUGCAGCAGGCUACAACCUCACGGGGCUCUUCGUGGGCUCUGAGGGGACACUGGGUCUCAUCACAUCUGCCACUCUGCGUCUGCACCCUACUCCUGAAGCCACGGUGGCUGCCACCUGUGCAUUCCCCAGUGUCCAGGCUGCGGUGGACAGCACUGUACAGAUGCUCCAGGCGGCGGUGCCUGUGGCUCGCAUUGAGUUCCUGGAUGAUGUCAUGAUGGACGCCUGCAACAGGUACAGCAAGCUGAACUGUUCUGUGGCGCCCACACUCUUCCUUGAGUUCCAUGGAUCUGAGCAGGCCCUGGCAGAGCACCUGCAGCGGGCAGAGGUGAUCACGCAGCACAACGGAGCCUCCCACUUCUCCUGGGCCAAGAAAGCAGAGGAGCGCAGCCGGCUCUGGACCGCGCGGCACAACGCUUGGUACGCUUUUCUGGCCCUGGCUCCAGGCUACAAGGCCUAUUCCACCGACGUGUGUGUACCCAUUUCGAGGCUGCCAGAGAUCCUGGUGCACACCAAGGAGAAGCUGAAGGCCUCAGGACUCACAGGAGCCAUUGUUGGCCACGUGGGUGAUGGCAACUUCCACUGCCUCCUGCUGGUAAACCCAGAUGAUGCCGAGGAGCUCCAGAGAGUCACGACCUUUGCAGAAGAGCUGGGCAGGAGGGCACUUGCACUCCAUGGGACAUGUACCGGGGAACAUGGCAUUGGAAUGGGCAAGCAGCAGUUGCUACAGGAGGAGGUAGGCUCUGUGGGCUUGCAGACCAUGAAGCAGCUCAAGGUCAUGCUGGACCCCCAAGGCCUCAUGAACCCAGGCAAGGUGCUGUGAGGACCUCCACAGAUUUGGCCUGCAAGCACCCAGAAAACAGCCUCUUCUAGAAAUACUGGCCCUACGAGGACGGACGGUGUAGCUGGGGCUUAAGGCCAGAAGGCAGAGAAAGAAGCUGGGCUCCUUCAUUCUCCCUUUGCUGCCCUCAAGAACCUUUGGACCAGUAAAGGAAGCUGCUUUCUCUGCUCUAUGCAUCUGUCCGGGCUGGGAGAGCUGGUGUGGGUCACCUCAUGACUGAAGCUCAAGCUUCCUGAGACCUUUACCUGUACCUGGUGACAGGAACACUCCUUCCUAGAGCAGAAAGGGCCCUCUCAAAGGUGGCAGGUCUUCUCUUCAGGGUGCCCCACAUGAACCUGAAGUACAUUUGCAACUGUCUGGA